AUGCAUACGUUGAUUUCUUCAAGUGACGAAUUGAUUAACAGAAACAGUGAACCGAUCAACGUUUCUAUACCGCAGACAACCAACGAGUUGCCCGCGCCAUCUCCUCGACCGCCUCCACGCUGCAUCUCACUCGAGCCGAAGACCGACUCGACCGCACCAUUACCUGUUGUGAUCAGAGAAGUGCCUAGUGAACUUCGGACUUGGAAAAUCACUCGCGAAGGACUUGUUGAAGUCAAUUCUGGAACAAUGGGAGCUUUUUUGGAUAAACCAAAAACAAACAAAAGCAAUAUAACUGGAGAAGGAAAGGACAUCCGCUAUGCGAUCGCCAGCAUGCAAGGAUGGAGGAUUGACAUGGAAGAUGCUCAUGUUGUCGAAAUUUCGAUGGCUGACAAAGAACCAUUCAAGGAUUGGGCGUUUUUUGCCGUGUUUGAUGGUCACGCAGGAAAUGUUGCAGCUGAACAAUCGGCUGAGCACAUUUUGAAGACACUUCUCGAAACCAAAGAGUUCGAUGACGUUAGACAAAUCCUUUGCGAGAACGGAAGCAAGCUGAAUGAGCGAUCGAUUGAGCUUUUGGAAAGUGGAAUGAAGACUGGAUUCAUGGCCCUCGAUAACAUCAUUCGAUCGAGGUUAGCCGCAAAAGAAACUGAUAGAUCGGGAACGACAGCUGUUUGUGCCAUUCUUACCCCUACCCACAUCAUUAUUGCAAAUCUUGGUGACUCGCGUGCUGUGGUUUCUCGGGCUGGAGAGUCAUCAAUCGGUACUGAAGAUCAUAAGCCAUACUUAGAGAAAGAGCGAGAAAGGAUUGUUGGCGCUGGAGGAUCAGUGAUGAUUCAACGCAUCAAUGGAAGCUUAGCUGUCUCUAGGGCUCUUGGAGAUUUUGAUUACAAGGCCGUUCCCGGUCUUUGCCCAACGAAGCAACUCGUCAGCUGUGAGCCAGAUAUUUAUGUGAUUCCGAGAAAGCAGGAUUUGGAUCAAUUCAUGGUAUUGGCAUGUGAUGGAAUUUAUGAUGUGAUGGAGAACGAUGAACUUUGCUCGUUUGUUGAGGACCGCCUCCAAGUUUCCCCGAAGCUUGAAGAUGUUUGCAAUCAGGUGCUUGAUGCUUGUCUGCACCGUGGUUCCCGUGACAACAUGACUAUCAUCUUGAUUUGCUUUCAAAACGCGCCCAAAUUGGACGAGGAGAAGAGAGAAAAAGAAGAAACAUGGGCCGUCGACAUGCGGCAAAAAAUUCAAGAGGUUCUUGAUGAAGAGCUGGCUUCACCUCAUUGGAACAAAGAAGAAGUAGUCUCCAUCUCUUGGGUUCUCCGUCGCCUUUCAGCCAAGGUGGAAACAGAUACUGGACCUGCUCCUCACCGUCUGCGCACCAUUAUUGAUCAGGUGCUCACGGAGAAGGGCAUCACUCACGAUCAU